UCGUGCUGGUCGUCUCUCAGCUCCGUUCAUCCUUUACAACUAUGACAAUCCAGGAGCUGGAGGAGUCCUUGGGACUAGAAGAGGAGUCCUUUAAGGCCAAGUAUGGGUUCCCCAGACCCAGUCCUGAAGACCCAAAUCUGGUAAUCAGCUGUAGGUCUGGAAGGAGGGUUGGUGUUGCUAAUGAGAUUCUUCAAGCAAAAGGAUUCACCAAGCACAAACUGUAUCACGGGUCUUUCCUAGACUGGGCAGCACACGGAGGAGCUUACACCAAGCCUGGACAGCCAUACCAAGCUCUCCAAUAAUUUGGUGACAAUGGAUAAUUUAUUUUACACCCUAGAUCUACAUUAGAGCUUUAUUAUCCCUCAGAGAAGCUUUAUUACCCCUACGAGAUGCUGUAUUAUCAUUCUUAAUGCUUCAUUAUUCUUAAGAGAUGCUUUAUUACCCUCAGAGAUGCUUUAUCCCUAAGAAAUGCUUUAUAACCCC